AUGAAUUCGUUAACAACACCACUGAAAUUCAAAUUGGGAUUCUGUGAUAGUACUGGUAACAUUGUACCACAGAACUCAAUCUCUUAUCCUGAAAAAGCUGCAUCAAUUCUUAAUCCUUGGCCCCAUAUUGAAUUACGCAAGAAACAAGAUUUGACUUUAAUCUGGUUCGAUACUGAUCUCAUUAUUGAUGAUGAUCAAACUCAACAACUAAGAAAACGCCUCCAUACUCUCAAUCGUUUUGUUCUUUUCUAUUCCAAAAUCGAUUGUUUGUCACACUAUUUGGAAACAUCUCAGUUCGAAAAGAUCGUUUUAAUCUCUCAUCAAGAUUGUGCUGCACUCCUACCAUCGAAGUGCAAGGAGAACAAUAAUAUUGUCUUUUUUCAUUGGAACAACUUCGAUGACUUGAGUUCCUUAUUUCAAGAUGUUGACAGUUAUAUCGCUAGGAAACUUGAAAAUCAACGUACCAGUGGUGAAUUAUUAUUGGAUACAUCGACGAAUAGAUCUCAACGUGAUGUGAGGAAUGAAUCAUUCCGUAUUUUGUACUAUCGGAUGUAUAAACAAAUCCUUCUCAAUACGGAUCAAUGUUUGGAAGACAACAAUGCUAAAUCAGAGCUGAUCACACUUUGUCGGAAACAAUAUCCAACAUCACAUGCCAAUGAUAUUCAAAGGUUCGAACAUGAUUAUCAACCGAAUAUUGCCAUUCAAUGGUAUACAGAAGAUUCAUUUGUCUAUAGAUUGAUCAAUCGAGCUUUACGCACACAAGAUCUUGAAUGUUUAUUUGUACUUCGAUUUUACAUACGCGAUUUAAGUCGAUGUUUGUCGGAAGAUUGGAAAAUUUGGCGUGAUUGUUUAGAACUUGGAUAUUUUGUUCAUUUAUAUCGUGGUCAAGUUGUUCCAUAUUCUCGUCGGUGUGAACUUGAACAAAAUCAAGGAAAAAUUGUUUCGACUAAUGGCUAUUGGUCGAUGAGUCGAAGUGAACAAACAGCAAAGAUCUUCGGUUCUAUCGGUACAACCCCUCAAGAAUUGAAUGGGGAAUCGAUUCUACUCGAUAUUGAAGUUGAUUUAAAUGCCAGCGAACAGAUUCUCGCUGAUAUUAGUCGAUUUUCUAAAAAUCCGGGCGAAGAAGAAGUUCUUUUUGAUCUUGAUGCAACAUUUCAAAUUGAAAGUAUCAUUGAAGAACAAGAAAAUCAAAUUCCCUAUUGGCGUGUUCGAAUGAAGAUGACCAACGACAAUGGUAUGGCUUGCAUUCAACAGAGUAUUGAUCAACGUCGAUUAUACGAUUCAACUGGAUUCGAUCAGAUGUGGUCUGUCACACCAAAUAUAAAUCCAUUUGAUGCUCUUCUACAUUUGAAUAAUCUAUUGAAUUAUUUACAUCGAUUCGAAUUGGCAGUACUUCAAGUACCGACAAGCAAAAUCAAACAAGAUGAUGCAGCUCUUUUACACUAUAUUCAAGCUGCAGAAUUAAUACUAAAAGUCGGUCCGAAACAACCGCUCGAACUUGAACAACAAAAAGUCCUCUGCCAAGCAACAAUGUAUUUAACUUUGUCGGAACAUUUGUUCAGUCUUGAUAAUCGAAAUGAAUUCAUCCGUUUACCGCAACGUGCCUUGGGAAUGGUACAUUUCAAAGGCGGCAAUUAUUCUUAUUCAAUCAAACAAUGGACACGCAUCUGGAAUGAAAAUGAUAAAACCGAUCGAUUUCAUACGAUGAUUUGUUGUUUCUAUCUAGGUUUGACCUACAGCAAGAUGCAUCAACAUUCGAAAGCAAUCGAUUUUUUUCAACGAGCUCUCACUUAUACUGAUGAUUUGCCUCCGAUCUUCCAAGCACAAUGUCGAAUGCAAAUCGGCCAUUCAAUUGAACUUCAAGCAAUCGAAAUACCUACGUGUUUUACAUCAGCUCGAGCUAAUUAUGAAAAAGCAUUGGAUCUCUACGAAAAUCAUAUCACACCCACCGAUGAAGCCGCAUUGGCUCUGUGCUAUGCAAUCAUCGGUAAUUGCUAUUUCUUCGAAAAUGCAUGGACUGAUGAUAGUCAUAGAUAUUAUUUAAAAGCAAUUGACGUGUACGAUGCUGUGUUUCUUGUUGAAUCUCCAUCGCCGAUGUUCAUUCAACAAGUUCGUUUUCUUCUUACUGGUAUUUUAUUUCAUAUUGGUCUUCAUUAUUAUAAAGAACUUCGUCUAAUCGACAAAGCUCAAAACUGUUUUGAACGAAUUGUCACCUAUCCGAUCGAACAUUGUGCAUUUGAUAGUUACGCUUUGGCACAUCGCUAUCUUGGACAAAUCUUUUCUCGUCAUCAUAAUAAGCAUGAACGGGCAUUGGAUCAUUUUCAAAAAUCAGUGCAGUUUUAUGAAACAUACGCACCGGAAGAUUUCUGGGAAUUAGCCUUUUGUCAUCAAUGGUUAGCGAUGACUCAUGUUAAACUCGGAGAUGAUCAAUCUGCUCUUGAUCAUGGAAAUAAAACAGUUAGUUUUCUAAUGCACGCAAAUUUAUCAAAAUCAGCAACAACUUUACCUGGUAGUAAUUUAACUUAUUUCAAGCAGAUCACUAUAUUUCAACCGGAAAAUGAGGAUGCUGCGAAGGAACAAAUGAAAAAUCAAACAUUGUCAGAAACUUAUCGGUAA